CAAGUUACGUCCCUUAAUAACAUGAAUCGAAAAUAGUUUUUGGAAUUUCCUUCCACUGCAUGAUGAAAGAUGGAAAGAGAGCUUCACAAUAAGCUUCUGGCGACUCUUGCUCUGGAUUAUUUACACCCCAGAGUGAGGGAAGGCGUGGAUAAAAAGAGGUUCCUCCUAAACUGCAGAAAUUAUCUGACAACUCCCAGGGAGCGUUCGAUUGACGAUGUGGUGGAAGUAUUCGAUACUCUAGAAUCCAAAGGACUUCUGGCUCCUGGGAGGUACUCAGUUCUUAGAGAACUGGUUAGGGACAUAGGGAUAGAGCUACUUAGAAAAAUAGACGAGACGGAGGCACAGAUGGGUCAAACUCAGGGUAACAAGACUGCCCAGGCAGCAAUGCAUGACGAAUCAGGACACUAUGUGUACAACACUUAUAACAUCAACAACAUUGAAGCGAAAAAUGGCGUGAUCUCAAUUGCUAAUUCCGACCGAGCAACUAUUGUGCAAAACAGAUGAAGACAGUGUUUUGAGAUGAAAACAUUCUUAUGUAAAAAUAUUUUUUGUAUGAAGAAACCUACACUAAAAGACCAAGAAUUUACAUCUGAUUAAGGAUUUUUAGACUUAUCUAGUUCUAAUUUUUUAUUAAGCCAACAGGAUGAACACUGAAGAUUAUACGUAUUAUGACCAAUAAUUAAUUUUACUUACUCAGGUUUAAAGAUUGUUUAUAGUGAUGAUAAUUUUUAUUUCCCUGUCAGUGGUAUAUU